AUGCAACUCAAAGCUCUCUCUUUAGCCACACUCGGUUUUCUUUUACUUAGCAGUGGAAGCUUCGUUCAAGCAGCAGACACUGUAAAUGACAUUGCUGUCGUUCACGGCGGCGCUUCUCAGCUCUCUGAUUCCUAUCUCGCCGCUUUCGAUGCGGAUGAUGCCGAAGAUGCCGAUUUUGAAUUAUCUGAAGAAUUUGAUGAAGAAUCUCACAUUUUAACAAAGCGUGCUUCUGAUUGCUCCAAGUACCACACUGUCUCUGGCAGUGAUAGCUGUGUCAAGCUCGCCAAAACAUACGGUGUUACUUUAAACAAUAUUUAUGAUUGGAACCCUCAAAUCAAGAGUGGAUGCCCUAACCUCAACAAUGGCAAGAAAUACUGUGUACAAAAGUCCGGCUCUUCUUCUUCUGGUUCUUCAUCUGAAAGCACCUCUGGAUGUUCCAAGACUCACAAAGCUACCAACUCUGAUACCUGCGCCAAGUUGGCCAAGUCCAAUGGUAUUAGCUUGAGCACCUUUUACAAGUUGAACCCUCAAGUUCACUCCAACUGUGAUAACCUCAACACUGGCAAGGCCUACUGUGUUAAGGGCGGCUCUGCUUCUUCCAAGAUCUCCAACUUGGCUGCCAAGAAGUCUACUACCAAGAAGAAGGCUACCAAGAAGACCACCAAAAAGUCCUCUUCAAAGUCUUCCUCCAAGAAGGAAACCCGUAAGAAGUUACAAUCCAAGUCUGCCUUCACUUACUACUGGAUUGCUCAACCCGGAGAUUAUUCUGGUGGCAAGAGCGUCAGUGUCAAGACCUGUAGUGGUAAGACCAUUGGUUCUGUUGGUGAAAACUACGCCGAUGCUCUUGUCAUGGAAGGUACGGGUGUUGUUGGUUCCAAGAUUGUCAAUCUCGGCGGUUGUAGCUGUUCUGGCUACAAGUGCUUCGAACUGGUUGACAAGGAAUCUGACCCUUAUGGUUUGACUUCUUUCGGUACUCCUCUUCGUCCUUAUGUUACUAUUGCUUCCAAUGAUAUCAAGAAGAACACCAAGAUUUACGUCCCUGCUCUCGUUGGCUGGAAGAUUCCUGGCUCCAGCAAGACUCACAAUGGUUGUUUGUUGGUCGAUGAUCAAUCUUGGAGUUUCAAUGGCAAGCACAUUGAUUUCUACGUUUAUGCUAUGGAUAACUACGAAAAGCUGGACAAGGCCCACAAGAUCAACAAUGUUGAUAUCUACCAAGGCGGUUCUUGUAAGCUUCUCAACUACAUGUAA